AUGGCGAAGCAGCGUAAUCCCACAAAGCCUUCUAAAACAUAUGUCGAGGACAAGAAUGCUGCGAUAGAUCUGGCGAGGUCCGUGGCCGACAUAGCGGAGGAGAAAGCCAAAACAAAGAUCAGAAACCGCCACUUGACGGCAGCCACCAGAGACACCAGUAAGACAUCUGUGAUCGCGAAUCCAGCGACAGGGCGCACCUCGACCUCGACGUCCUCAAAAGGGAGGCUUGAGCGCGCGAAAGCGGCCGUUGCCGCACGAGCCGCCCAGGCCAAGCGAGCCAAAGCCAAAGGGCGAAAGAAGGCUCGCUCUGCGCACGGUCAACACAUCGAAGCCACCGCGGAACAGACGGAGGUUUCCACCAUCGCACGGAGGGCUCCCGGAGGCGCGAAAACCGGGGACGAAGGCGCGAAGCGCGUUCGGUUCGGUUGA